AAAAAUCCAUAUCAAAUCUUCAUAAUUUUACUCCACAACGAAGAAAUCCACAUGUGAAAAUUGAAAUCAUCUCUGAAAACGGAACAUUUUUUUUGGUUUUGUUUCUGUAAGUAUUUUUAAAAGACAAAAUUAAUUUUUUGGGGGGCCCCGUAUCACUCCCUGGAUCCCGUGUGUGCAGUCAUCGGCGUUUUUGCGUUCUGCCGGAGCAUACAGCCGUCCGGUCGAGGCGGAUAUGGAAUGAGAAGGCAUUUCCUUCGGCAGGAGACUCGCUAGCGACGGUGCCUUCAAUCUCCCGUGCUUUUGAUUUCUAGAAAAAUUUCCGUCAAUUGUUCUCGUGUUGGUUUACAGGCGGAGAAGAGUGCGGAAGUUGUGAUUACUGUAAGCCAUGAGUUAUAGAAGGGAGCACCGUGGCUCUAGAGCUGCGCUCUUUGAUGGCGUUGAGGAGGGUGGAUUUAAUAGGCCCUCUCACUCCCAUGACAUUGAUGAACAUGACAAUGACAGAGCAAUGGACAGUUUGCAAGAUAGAGUCAUCUUUCUGAAGAGUUUAACAGGUGAUAUACAUGAAGAGGUGGAGAGUCAAAAUCGGAUGCUUAACCGAAUGGGUAAUGACAUGGAUGCGUCAAGGGGAAUUAUGUCAGGAGCCAUGGGUCGGCUGAAGAUGGUAGUUGAGAAGAAAUCAAGCAGGAAAAUGUGCUCCCUUGCAGCAUCUUUCGUGAUUGUCUUCUUAAUCGUAUACUAUCUCACCAGGGUUCUUGGAUAUUUCAUGCAUGGCUGAAGUAUGCUUACGGAGCCUUUUUGUGCAAGUUUGCCCUCCAAUAAAUGUGGACAACAUACAGAAACUACUAAGCAGAAAGAACAAAAUAAGUUCAAACCCUCCUGAGCUCAUUUCCGCCCCUAAACUCCUGAAUUUACCCUCCCUUUGGAAUUGUGGGGUCAACUUCAAGGGGCGCAUGAUUAGUCACGUGGACCGUAAAACGGACACGUGGAUACCCGGUGCAUAAUCCCAAAAAAAAAAAAAAAAAAAAAGAACAAAAUAAAUACAGAAACUAGUGCUUGCAACUAGCCUUCUAGUCCUUUUCUUUUGGAUCGAAAGCAGGCACAUUGGGAUUCAUGGCUGCAAUAAAGACUAAUUGCGAGAUAGUGGCUCAAAUCAUGCCAAGCAUUCGCCAGUGAUCACUGCUUGAAUGGCAUAUUUAUUUGAUUUUGUAGAUCUUAAUAAUGAUAAUAACUCACACUAGAACUAUGGUUUGUAAUUAUUGAUUAAUGGGAGGAAAAGUGCAUAUUGAUCA